AUGAGGCUCUUAGCAUUCCAAACUCCAAUGCCUACUUCCUUGCAUCUCUUCACUUUUCUCUGCAUUCUCAUCUCCAUCUCCCUCACAGAUGGGACUCAACUCAUUUUGGUGAACAACUGCAAAGAGAGCGUGUGGCCCGGUAUCCUUGGCAGUGCAGGGCACCCAUCUCCAAAAGAUGGUGGCUUUCAACUUUGCAGCGGCGAAGAGACGGUGUUGGAAGUCCCUGAGGGAUGGUCAGGGAGAAUAUGGGGUAGACAAGGUUGUUGCUUUGACCCAAAAACAGGAAAAGGUUAUUGUGAAACAGGUGAUUGUGGAGGACUUUUGAAGUGUAGUGGCAUCGGUGGAGUCCCUCCUGCUACCCUUGUGGAAAUGACCCUUGGAACCUCUCAAUCAGCAUUGCAUUUCUAUGAUGUUAGUUUGGUUGACGGGUUUAACCUUCCAGUUUCCAUGAAGCCUGUGGGUGGUGGGGUUGGUUGUGGUGUUGCAGCAUGUGAGGCUAACUUGAAUGUUUGUUGUCCAUCAGCACUUGUUGUGCAGCGACAAGGGAAGGUUGUGGGAUGCAAGAGUGCUUGUUUGGCUGCAAAAUCAGAUAGGUAUUGUUGCACUGGGGACUUUGCUAGCCCAAAAAGCUGCAAGCCAAGUGAGUUUGCUCGUCUUUUUAAGACCGUUUGCCCUCAGGCUUAUAGUUACGCCUAUGAUGAUUCAGCAGGGCUUAAGACUUGCAAAGCACCUCGUUAUGUCAUUACAUUUUGCCCCCCAAGUUGA